AAAAAAAAAAACAAAAGAAGUUUAAACUUAUUGAUCAUAUCGACCGCAGCUAGGUUUGUCAUUUCGUUUCCACCGGCGGUCUGACAACAUUUCUGGAAUUAAGAUUAAACGUUUGAUUGAAAAGUAUCAAGAGGCACAUUGAAAGAAGACUGCAGUCCUUUCCGUGAAUGAUCUACUGGUCAGGAAUGGAUAUAAAUCAAUUAAAAUCCGAGCGAGAAAAUUCCCGAAAACGCAUUGACGACAAAUUUCAGGAGAUUGAAAAUGCAACAAAUAUUACUUCAAAAUCCAAAGAAUUUCAGGUCUUAAAGAAAUGUAUAGGCGAUAUGAAAUUGUGCAAUAGCAAGAUAAAAGAAAAACUGAACGUCGCUUUAGAAGACACAAAUAGAGCCGAGGAAACUGUAAGGAUCUUCGAAGAAACGUUGUUCCUAAUUCAGCGAGGAAAGGAGGCUUCAAACAUUGUAGAGACAGGAUCGUCAGUGGAUGAUAUACGCAAGAAACACAAAAUGGCAAGCACUGCACAUGCGGCAUCUUCAAAGAAUGAAAUACCUCAACAUGAACCUGAACUAAACUUAUAUUUCAUGAACGCAGAUGGUCCAAAUAAUUCUGGAAUAAAAAGCAGGUUAGAACGGAAAAAAGCCAUUUACUCUCUUAUUACACAACAUAACCCAGAUAUCGUAUGCUUUCAAGAAUUUUUCGGAGACGAUAUUAGAGGUUUGAAUUGGAAAGAUGAAACAUCUGGGGAUGUCUUUUCUAUCCCAGAAAAUUACAAAUACUUGGGACAUCGUACAGGUAUGAUAAUAAACACUAAUAAUAUUGAUUACUCCGAACGUUUUGAUUCUGAAGUUCAAGUGUCAAUUGUUACCAAUCUAGAAAAGACGGAAAAAAUAAAGCGUAUAAAUCUUUGUUUGGACCGCAUGUGCGUCCAACGUUUGACAGUAAAAAAAACGGAACAUCGAAAGGAUUUCAUAUGCAUAUCUUGGCAUGGUCCCACUAAACAUCAUGGUACAGAUAAAGGCUUAUCAGAGAUAAAAAAGGAGACAUAUUUAAGAAAUGGAUGUUAUUUCUCUCGGAAUUAAAGAAAAAAUAUGAUUUGCCGAUCGUCGCGGCUGGAGACUACAAUGUUAUUCCAAAAGACGUUACAAAAUAUGUCAAAGUACCAUUUAGAAUUGGACAAUACCAGCCAUCAGAGCGCAGAAAAGAUAAAGUCAGAGACUUUUCGAUUAGUUACAACAUGUUGCCUAAAGAGAAAGAUUUUAGUUUUAUCAAACUAGAAAAGGAACAGGAGACAGUAUUAGACCAUGAUCCAGUCGGUGGAACGUUUUAUUUCACAGACACAAAUGAAGAAAUUGUGGAGAAGAGUCCAGAGGUUACGUAUGAAAUUUUGGAGGAAACAACGAAAAGUGGUUACAAGAAACUCGGCGCUUCAGAUGGAAAUAUCUUCAUAGCUCAGAGUGGAGACGGACUGAAUAAACCUAAACAUUGGGUUUGCUCUUGGCGUUGUCCUGCGACAGUGAAUGAAGAAAAUGGGAGGUAUAAUGCUGGAAGAAAGGAUCAUCGUCACCUACCAGAUGAAAAAUGGACACAGGUGUUCCAAGACGCGAGUGACGAAGACUCUGAUAGUAAGGAGGUAUUUGAGGACGAUGAUGAAGAUAGCGACGAGGAUGAUACAGAUGACAGUGAUGAAGAGAAUCAUGACGAUGGUGAUGAAAAGGGUUCUGUAAAAGCUGGCCAGGCCAAAUCAGGCACAGUACGUGGAGCAUCUUCGUCUUCAAGUUCUAAAGGCGAGACACCGACACAAUCUAAAAGCAACAAACCAAAGGAAACCAAGAACUUGUCAAAAGCUAAAGGCAAGAAACCGUCUGUAGAGUCAUCAGCGUCCGAAAACAACGGAUCUACAAGUAAUAGUGAUUCGUCAGGAUGAUUCAGUUCUGCACACGAAAUCGAAAUAGACUACAGUUUAUGGUAGCGAAGUAUUCCCGAGGACAUUUGCAACCUACAAAAACACUUCGCUAAAAAAAAAAACAAAAAAAAAAACAUUGAUUUUGAGUGUGUUCUGAAACUGAAACUUUUGAUUCAGAAAAUUCUGGAACUCAGAAACAGUGGAUUCAGUGAUGUUUUAUUUUCUAAUUCUUUGGGAUAAUGGAGUUCAUUCAAUAUAUAUAUAUAUCCGCUUAAGCCGGUGCUAGGCGGCGUGAGGCCUAUCGCACUUUGUAUUACCUGUCAUGAACAGACUCGGUCAAACUGUCUACGCUAUAAGUUUGCUUGGUUGUAUUCUACGAUUCCAAAGGAUAUUUAUGUAGAUUUAUUGAUAUAAUCGCUUGAUAUAAUCAUUGUCACUUUAAUGCUAUCUUAAAUGUGUACAAUGUUGUGUAUUUGUAUCAAUUUUUAAAGUUUCACUUGCAAGUUUUUAUUUGUCAUACUGUCUUCUAUCAAUAUUUGAAAGAUUUGCGUAUCUAUAUUUAGUACUAUUGCUUAUUAAUGCACUUUGUACCUUUUAUUUAUUUGUUUUGAUUUUGUAUAUUUGAGCAUGAAUUUUAGAAAUAGAUACAUUUUUAGAUUUCAACAAUCAGAGUAUAUGUGGUAUACAAGUUGUUUAUAUAUUGUUUUUAUGCAUGUUUAUUAUCCUAAGUGUUUAAUUCCUCUCAUAUAUACACUGAAGACUACUUAGCAUAGUUUUCGAUAUGAUUUAUUUUAUUUAUCUACGCUCAUAGACUUUUAUAAUAGGUCACUGUUGUGACUGCGAUAACUUGGGUAAUAUUUUAAUUACACGACUGAAAUUUUCUCGAUCACCUUUGUUACCAUGUGCUAUUUAUUCGUGAGGGUAAUUUUCAAUUAAAAUGACUUAAAUCAAGCAUGCGUUGCACACUUUAUUGUUUUUAUUCGGCGUAGUCUUAACAAAACAUAUGAAAAUCAUAGGUGACCGAUUAUAAAUGUUUUUGAGUAUAUUUAUCAUACUUGUUCAAUUUUCUCUGUAUAGAUUUGCAUUGUCACACAAGUCUAUAUAUUAUACCAGUAUACAGACCUAUUGUUAUAAAUUUACAUACAUAUCUUCAAAAUUAAAUAAUGUAUAAUUUUGCAAAUAUUUCAAACCAUAAAUAUACAGGUAAGGUGUAUGAAAACUGCUGGAAUUUCAUUUAUCACCAAAGUGGAUGGAGGACCUAUGAUGUUUUAAACAGAUAUCUAGUUUUAGCUACUCCCCUUUGUAACAGAAACACACAAUUGACAUGUCAGAUUGUGGAUAUAGAAUCAUGCUGCUAUUGCUAUUAACUUAUACCAUUAUUCAGUAUAUAUUACUUACAAAUCAAUGAAAAUACAUCGUAUGGCUUAACUAUACCUUAAGUAAUCAUAUGGAGAUCAAAAUAUAAAUAUAGAAAAUGUGAAACAGGGUGCUAAGUAAAUCUGAUCAUUGUAUAAUGCUUUAUGAUACAAAAGCAAAUUCGCCCACAUUGGCAAAUCUGAUGAAUUUCCUUGUUUGGCACUUGAUUCUGGACUAUGUAGUCACUGCAUUUUAUGAUUUGUUUGUGUAAAUUUAGCAGGCAGAAUUGAAAAUGGAAGUAUGAAUUUUGCAGUUCAUUUGUUUGUUAAUAUUGUGAAUUUCUGCGCCUGGUCAUUUUGUGAAAGAUAGGAAAAUUGUGAAAAAAUUAUGUACAUUUUUCUACAAAAUUGUGAAAUAUAAAGGACUUAAUUAGUACCUCGCGGAUAUAAACUUAUUUUCUAGAAACGCCUUCGAUUCAUAAUCAGGGAUUUGCUCUGGAUUGUUUAUGAUUUUAUUACUUGAUAUAAGAAAGUGUGAGCCUCAAUUAUUAUUUUAAUUUAAUACCGAAAUUAAUACCUCCGGUAACCCGUUACAUCUACAUAGGCUUUUCAAUUUUAAAUGGAAGAAAAGCUAAAAAAUAACUAUUGAUAAUGGUACUCUUUAGAAAUAUAUAUUUUUUUAGUUAAUUCAUUAAGAAAGACAAGAGAAGAAAUUUAUUAUUCUACAUUAUACACUGUAACAGUUCAUAUUAUAUUUGUAUUUUUGAAAAAUAUUAUAUGUAUUAAUUUGUUGAUACUUAUAAUAGAACAUGAAAUAAAUAUUGUAAGUUUUAGAAAAAAUAUCGUGUGCUUUUCCAUUUAACUU